AUGAGACGCCGCUGGUCUAAUAACGGAGGCUUUCAUUCGCUGCGAAUGCUCGAGGAAAGUUCGUCCGAAGUAACUUCGUCUUCAGCUUUGGGUUUGCCGCCGGCUAUGGUUAUGUCGCCGGAGUCGCUCGCCUCGCCGGAAUACGGUGGGCUAGAGCUAUGGGGUUACGACGAUGGCAUUACAUACAAUACAGCACAGUCGUUGCUUGGCAAUUCAUGCAAUAUGCAGCAGCAGCAACAACCGCCAACACAGCCUCUGCCUUCCAUGCCAUUGCCGAUGCCACCUACGACGCCUAAGUCAGAAAAUGAAUCCAUAUCAUCAGGACGUGAAGAACUGUCGCCGGCAUCGAGUGUGAACGGCUGUAGCACAGAUGGGGAGGCGCGGCGGCAGAAAAAGGGCCCCGCGCCCCGGCAGCAGGAAGAACUUUGCCUUGUAUGCGGCGAUAGGGCCUCCGGAUAUCACUACAACGCGCUAACGUGUGAAGGAUGUAAAGGAUUCUUCAGGCGGAGCGUAACCAAAAAUGCCGUAUACAUUUGUAAAUUUGGACAUGCUUGUGAGAUGGACAUGUAUAUGCGUCGGAAAUGUCAGGAGUGCCGGCUUAAAAAGUGUCUGGCGGUGGGUAUGAGGCCUGAGUGCGUUGUGCCAGAAACCCAGUGCGCGAUGAAAAGGAAGGAGAAAAAGGCACAAAGGGAGAAGGACAAGCUGCCAGUUAGCACGACGACAGUCGACGAUCACAUGCCACCUAUUAUGCAGUGUGAUCCACCACCCCCAGAGGCCGCCAGGAUUCUGGAAUGUUUGCAGCACGAUUUGGUCCCGCGGUUCCUUCCGGACAAGUUGCUCGAGCAGAACAGGCUGAAGAACAUACCGCCGCUGACCACCAACCAGCAGUUCCUCAUCGCGAGGCUCGUUUGGUACCAGGAUGGCUACGAGCAGCCGUCGGAAGAGGAUCUGAAAAGGGUCACACAGCAAGCCGACGAGGACGAAGAGGAGUCCGACCUGCCAUUCCGUCAAAUAACUGAGAUGACGAUUCUCACAGUUCAACUCAUUGUCGAGUUCGCUAAAGGCCUGCCAGGCUUUGCCAAGAUCUCUCAACCCGAUCAAAUAACGUUAUUAAAGGCAUGUUCGAGCGAAGUAAUGAUGCUUCGAGUGGCGCGGCGUUACGACCCGGAGACGGACAGCGUACUGUUCGCCAACAACAAGGCGUACACGCGCGACAACUACCGCAAGGCGGGCAUGGCGUACGUCAUUGAAGACCUGCUUCACUUCUGCCGCUGCAUCUACACAAUGUCGCUAGACAACGUGCACUACGCGCUACUCACCGCCAUCGUUAUAUUCUCAGAUCGGCCCGGCCUCGAGCAACCGAAACUAGUGGAGGAGAUACAGAGAUACUAUCUGAACACUUUGAGGAUGUACAUCGUGAAUCAGCACAGUGCGUCACCUCGCUGCUCGGUAAUCUACGGCAAGAUCCUCUCCGUACUUUCGGAGUUGAGGACAUUAGGAAUGCAGAAUUCGAACAUGUGCAUCUCGCUAAAACUAAAGAACAGGAAGCUGCCGCCAUUCCUCGAGGAGAUAUGGGACGUGGCUGACGUGUCGACGACGCAGCCGCCGCCCAUUGUGGAAAACCCAACGGAGCUUUAG